CUUGUGAGAGAAAAAAAAUUAAUUAUACACUGUAUAUGAACGUGGUCUGUUUAUAAUACAGAUUUGGGUGUGUAUAAUUAAUUUUCUUAAAUUACCGGUUUUAGUAAACCGAUGAACCGAGCCUGAGUCGUUGUAUAUGAACGUCAGAAACCUCAAAACCCCUCCGAUUGAUAUCUCUCUCUUUGUUCGUCUCUUCAAAUCCCUAAAAUUGAAACCUUAAGACUUAGAGCAUCGUUAACAAUGGAGGACGCUGAUGGACUCAGCUUCGAUUUCAAAGGCGGUCUCGAUUCCGGACCUGUUCAGCCCACCGCUUCUUCAGUCCCGGUUGUUCUGCCUGAAAACUCUUCCUCCGCCGCUGUUAAUGUAGCACCAAACUACGAUCAUUCCGCCGCGACUGUGGUUGGAGCUGGGAAGGGACGAAGUUUCCGGCAGACUGUCUAUAGAAAUUGGCUCCGAUGUCUGUGUGUGAAAUACAGAGACGAUGAGAAGGAUAGGUGCUGCAGCAGCUCAAGUAAGUUUGAUUCGAUCCCUCUUCAAUCCAAGGAGCGAGAUCGUAACACUGAGAAAGCCACAAGCUCAAGUAAUUUGGAUUCGAUCCCUCUUCAAGCCAAGGAGCGAGAUUGUAACACUGAGAAAGCAACAAGCUCAAGUAAGAUAGAUCCGCUUCCUCUUGACCUAGAGAUUGAGAUACUGACUAGAUUGCCGGCGAAGGCUCUUUUGAAGUUCCGAUGCGUGUCAAAGAUCUGGUCCUCCAUCAUCCAAAGCCAGACUUUCGUCGAUUCCUUCUUCUCCAUGUCCUCUAUGACGCAAUCGCGGUUUAUAAUCGCUUUCACUAAUUUUGGUAGAUCAGUCCAGAGUCAGGACAAACGUUUGUUUAUCUUCUCGUCUUCACACGAGGGAAGGGAAUCUUCAUCUUUGGCUACCACUCUCCAUAUGACAAUACCUUCCGUGACCAUGUAUAGCAACUCUGCCACCGUCUGUGCUUCCGUCCAUGGCUUCCUGGGGAUUACUGCGCAUAAUCCGUUCAUUAUAUGUAACCCUAUCACAGGGAAACUCACUAACAUACCAGGGUCACGCACUUCCUUGGGAUACGAUCCUGUUGGUGAUCAAUUCAAAGCAUUGACCUUGGUGUCUGAUACUUACCGGGCACAUGAUUUUCUAGUGCACGAGGUUUUAACACAUGGAGGAGGAGGAGAAUCUUCAUGGAGACGCAAUCAGGUUAACUCCCCGCCUUAUAAAAGUCUAACUAAAGCAAUAUGCAUCAAUGGUUUUGUGUAUUUUGGUGCUUGGACCCCCACUCGAGAUGAGAAUCCUGUGAUUGUGACUUUUGAUGUUAGAUUUGAGAGUAUAAGUUUUAUCAGAGCGCCUUUGGAUGUUGUGUAUUGGGAGGGUGAAUCAAUAUUGAUAGAAUACAAAGGUAAGUUAGCUUCCAUUGUAAAAGAGCCCUUCCAUCCUCUUACGAGUUUUGAUUUAUGGAUCCUAGAGGAUGUGGAUAGACAUCUUUGGUCCAAGCAAACAUUUAAGCUUCCCUUCUCUUUAGGAUUGGGUACGACGAUGACUUGCCCGGGAAUCAACAAAGCGGGUGAAUUCAUUUUUGCCCUUAAAAAUCUACCGCGGGAUGUUCAACCCUACUACAUUUUCUACUACAAUGUAGAUAGAAAUGACAUGAGAAAAGUUAUGCUCAAAGGAAUUGCAGACGAUGAAGAGUUUAGGCGCCGAUAUAGAAUUUCAGAUGCAUGUUGCGUCCACAUCUCACCCAACCACGUUGAAAGUAUUGCCUCUUUGUGAUAAUAAUGGGGUUUUAUGUAUACUUCUCGAAGAACAAGCGCUUGAAAAAGUCUAAGCGUUGUCUAUUCUUUCAAGAUUUUUCUCUAAAGGAGAUGUUACUUGGCCCUCGCUGUUCCGUCUUGAUUGCAAUUUAAAAAUUCUUGUUACUUUGUGAUAAUGGGUUUUAUGUAAUUCUUGAAGGAUUUAUAUGUAAGAGCUUGGAUUCUUAUUAAUGAUCAUUUGCAGUUGCUGA